UUCACUAUUUCUUGCUUUUCCAUCAGUUUUCCAUUUCUCAUUUUCUCCAAUAUUAAUUCAAAAAAUAUUAUAUAUAUAUUUAUAUACAAAUAAUAAUGCUUGUUUAGAGAAACAUACACACCAUCACCACACCCCACACCAUUCUUGUGUUCAUUCUUUUGUCUUACCAAAUAUUCUCACUCUAAUUAGUCUCCCAGAGGAUUAUUCAACCAUUACAGCUUGUUUUUUUUUCUUUUUCUUUUUUUAAAUAAAUAGAUUUGAUUGAGAUGAUGAGGACGUCGUUGUUCAGAAGUGUUCGAAUCUGCUGAUCUUCUUGGUUGAUUGGCCUUAUUAUUAGCUGUAGUACCUGUUGUAUAAUAAUAAUAAUAAGAAGAAGAAACAUCUUUCUUGAAAAGAUUAAUAUUUUACGACGAACAAAAAUGGCUGAUAACCGGGGCAUUAGCUUGGAGGAAAUCAAGAAGGAAAACGUCGAUCUUGAACGCAUACCAGUGGAGGAGGUAUUUGAACAAUUACAAUGCUCCAAAGAGGGUUUGACAACCGAGGAAGGCCAAAAGAGGCUUCAAGUCUUCGGUCCUAACAAGUUAGAAGAAAAACAGGAAAGUAAGCUUUUAAAGUUCUUGGGUUUUAUGUGGAAUCCUCUAUCGUGGGUUAUGGAGUGUGCUGCUAUAAUGGCGAUUGCAUUGGCAAAUGGAGGGGGCAAACCACCAGAUUGGCAAGACUUCGUUGGCAUAAUGGCACUUCUUCUUAUCAACUCAACCAUAAGCUUUAUAGAAGAAAACAAUGCAGGCAAUGCUGCAGCAGCACUUAUGGCAGGUCUUGCACCAAAAACUAAGGUUCUGAGAGAUGGAAGAUGGACUGAGCAAGAAGCAGCAAUUUUAGUACCAGGAGAUAUAAUAAGUAUUAAGUUGGGAGACAUUAUUCCAGCAGACGCUCGUCUGUUGGAAGGUGACCCCCUUAAGAUUGAUCAGUCUGCCCUCACUGGUGAGUCUUUGCCAGUGACAAAGAAUCCAGGUGAUGAAGUCUUCUCUGGUUCUACAGUCAAGCAGGGUGAGAUUGAGGCAGUUGUAUUUGCUACUGGGGUGCAUACAUUCUUUGGUAAGGCCGCGCACCUGGUUGACAGCACCAAUCAAGAAGGGCACUUCCAAAAGGUUUUGACAGCAAUUGGAAACUUCUGUAUAUGUUCAAUUGCUAUUGGAAUGUUAAUAGAGAUAGUGGUGAUGUACCCAAUUCAACAUCGCAAAUACCGGAAUGGUAUUGACAAUCUUCUGGUGCUUCUAAUUGGAGGGAUUCCGAUUGCGAUGCCAACGGUGUUGUCAGUGACAAUGGCUAUUGGUUCCCACCGGCUGUCUCAGCAAGGUGCCAUCACCAAGCGGAUGACUGCUAUCGAGGAGAUGGCUGGAAUGGAUGUCCUCUGUAGUGACAAGACAGGGACACUUACUCUCAACAAGCUUACAGUAGACAAGACCAUGAUUGAGGUGUUUGUCAAGGAUGUGGAUAGGGACACUUUGAUGUUGCUUGGGGCAAGGGCUUCGAGGGUCGAGAAUCAGGAUGCCAUCGAUGCUUGUAUUGUUGGAAUGUUGGGUGACCCCAAGGAGGCCCGAGAAGGCAUCACUGAGGUUCAUUUCUUGCCUUUUAAUCCAGUGGACAAGCGUACAGCCAUAACAUACAUUGACUCCGAUGGCAAUUGGGUCCGGAUUAGUAAAGGUGCACCAGAGCAGAUCAUUGAACUCUGCAAUCUCCGGGAUGAUCCAAGGAAGAAAGCUCAUGCCAUCAUUGAUAAGUUUGCUGAUCGUGGUCUUCGAUCUCUUGCAAUUUGUAGACAAAAAGUGCCAGAAAAAACUAAGGAGAGUGCUGGAGGACCAUGGGAAUUCUUAGGUCUGUUGCCUCUAUUUGACCCACCAAGGCAUGACAGUGCAGAAACUAUACGCCGUGCCCUUGAUCUCGGAGUCAAUGUUAAGAUGAUCACUGGUGACCAGCUAGCCAUCGGGAAGGAGACUGGUCGGAGGCUUGGCAUGGGAACCAAUAUGUAUCCCUCUUCUUCCCUCCUUGGUCAAAGCAAGGAUGCAUCCAUUGCCACCUUACCUAUUGAUGAGCUUAUUGAGAAGGCUGAUGGCUUUGCUGGUGUUUUCCCUGAGCACAAAUAUGAAAUUGUGAAAAGGCUGCAACAGAAGAAACAUAUAUGCGGGAUGACUGGUGAUGGCGUGAAUGAUGCCCCAGCUCUAAAGAGGGCAGAUAUUGGAAUAGCAGUAGCAGAUGCAACCGAUGCAGCACGGAGUGCAUCCGACAUUGUCUUGACUGAGCCAGGAUUGAGUGUGAUUGUGAGCGCCGUUUUGACAAGCAGAGCCAUUUUCCAGAGAAUGAAGAAUUACACAAUAUAUGCUGUAUCGAUAACGAUCCGUAUUGUGCUAGGAUUUAUGCUCAUUGCUCUUAUCUGGAAAUUUGAUUUCUCGCCUUUCAUGGUUCUGAUUAUUGCCAUACUCAAUGAUGGGACAAUCAUGACCAUUUCUAAAGACAGGGUGAAACCUUCUCCUGUUCCAGACUCAUGGAAGCUCAAGGAGAUCUUUGCCACCGGCACUGUCCUUGGCACCUAUUUAGCUGUCAUGACAGUUGUUUUCUUCUGGGCAGCACACAGUUCUGACUUCUUUUCAGAUAAAUUUGGUGUAAGAUCGAUCAGGGAAAAUGGCCAUGAGCUUACUGCAGCUGUCUACCUCCAAGUUAGCAUUGUAAGUCAGGCCCUCAUCUUUGUUACACGGUCCAGAAGCUGGUCUUAUGUUGAACGCCCUGGACUACUGCUUUUGACUGCCUUCUUAAUAGCACAGCUGGUGGCUACAAUUAUUGCUGUGUACGCAAACUGGGGGUUUGCUAGGAUGCAAGGAAUUGGUUGGGGAUGGGCUGGCGUUAUAUGGCUUUACAGCAUUGUCUUCUACAUACCUUUGGAUAUUCUCAAAUUCAUUAUACGAUAUGCAUUAAGUGGUAAAGCCUGGGAUAAUAUACUUCAAAAUAAGACUGCUUUCACAACAAAGAAGGAUUAUGGAAGAGGAGAGAGGGAGGCACAAUGGGCUACAGCUCAGCGUACACUUCAUGGUCUGCAACCGCGCGAGACAUCAGAAAUUUUCAAUGAUCAAAAGAAUUACAGAGAGUUGUCUGAAAUUGCUGAACAGGCUAAGAAACGUGCUGAAGUUGCAAGGUUGAGAGAGCUUCAUACACUCAAAGGCCACGUUGAAUCAGUAGUCAAACUGAAGGGACUUGACAUUGAUACCAUUCAACAACACUACACUGUUUGAGCGGCAAGAUGAUCUUCUAGGAGGAAAGACAGCCUCGAGAGAGAGAAGAAAAGAAAAAGAAGCAGGAUAACGAAAUAUAGCGUUGUAAUUCUUUAUGGCUUUGUAGGAGAAAUGCUGCAAGGUUGGGAAUAAUCCAACUGACAUGGUUGCUCAUAAAAGCAAUAGGAAGUUGGAAAAACAGAAUAGAAGCAUGAAUAUGCUACUUUGUAUGAACUAUUAUUUCAUUCAUUUCCAAUGAUAAUUCCCCAUUUUUGCUUCUAGGUUCCAGGAAAAAUCUUAUCUUGUAAAUAGUUUGACAUGUUCACUCUCCCUCUCACUCAUCAUAUAACAUCU